AGAUGGGACAUAAGGCAGAACGUUAGGAUUCGUCGUGACUAGGAAUACCCUUAUUAGUAAUGAAGACAGGGGUCAACGACAGACAGAUAAGAAAAGCUGAAAGGACGUGUGGUAGUUUGGAACAAGGCAGAAGAAAAGGAACAUAGAGUGUUAAAAGGUCAGAAAGAUAUAGUCAAUGUGGAGAGCAAUCAAAGCAAUGUGAUAUACAUGUAUUGGCAAUUGCCCAUGGUUGAAUGAAAGACAUCGUGAAAUAGGGAGUGUUAAGUGCAUGUGUGACAUUUCUGUCGUGGCUUGUUUGAGGUGCGAUCUACCAUCUACCCUCUACCAUGAAUAUUGAAGUGUAUAACUACACCUAUGUGUUUGAUUUUGAAAAACAAUGGAACGAAACUGCUUUCAAGGAAUACUGCAAGCGAAGGAUAAUGGACCCAGUGUAUUAUUCAAUGGUGUACUUAACUGUGAUUUUUGGCCUCAAGCGAUACAUGAAACACCGUGUUGAAUUCGAUUUAAGACAAUUGUUAGCUAUAUGGAGUACCAUAUUAGCUUUAUUCAGUGUAGCAGGAUCCAUAAGAUCUCUUCCAGAACUUAUUGUGUCCGUCAAGAAUAAAAGUUUCCAAUAUUCAGUGUGUAUUCCAGCAUAUUCCGGACCAGUUCCAGGAUUUUGGGGAAGUGUGUUCACUUUGUCAAAAGUCUAUGAGUUAGGUGAUACCAUUUUUAUCGUUUUACGGAAGAAGCCCUUGGUAUUUUUACAUUGGUAUCACCAUAUUACAGUAAUGCUCUUUACAUGGCAUAGUUAUAGUGAACAUGCAGCGGCUGCUCGUUGGUUCUACACCAUGAACUUCGUCGUCCAUUCCUUCAUGUACUCAUACUAUGCUCUAAAAGCAAUGCAAAUCUAUGUUCCUAAACAGAUUAGUUUAUUAAUUACUUCUAUGCAGUUACUACAAAUGAUUAUGGGAUGUAUUAUUAAUAUUAUGGUAUUUGUGUACAAGUUAAAAGGUGAAUUUUGUCAACAAUCUAAUACUAAUUUAAUGUUAUCUUCAUUCAUAUAUAUUACAUAUUUCAUAUUAUUCAUAAAUUUCUUUUAUAAAUCUUAUUUAGUACCAAAAUCAAAAACACUAAAGCAAAAGUAAAGCCAUCUUCAAAAUUGCUUCUAAAACAAUGAUUCAUAUAGAUGAAUUUGGUAACAUUCUGUUUACCACGAUAUUAAUAUGCAUCAUGAUUUAUAUUCGUUCAAGUUUGAACACGUAUUAGUUAUAUUGUUAGGCUUUUGUUGUUGUUUUUGUCUGUUCGCUUGUUUGUAUUUGCAAUAAAUAAACUUUUCAUGUUUUUAGCUUAAUU